UAUUUUACCCUUCUCACUGUAGCAAGCCAUUUUCUUGGAUGAGAUUUGCCAAAUCAAGAAGCUUCGUGAUUCUUAUAGGGCAAUGGCUGACUGUUGUGCUAAUGCUGACCCUGAAAGAAAUGAGUGCUUCCUAUCAUUCAAAACGACCUAUCCCCCCUUCCUUACACCGUAUCAGAGACCUGAGCCUGAUGCUGUUUGCAAGGAGCUCAAAGAGGACAGACAGUCAUUCCUGGGACAUUAUGUCUAUGGAGUUGCAAGAAGGUUGCCUUUUCUUUUUGCCCCUACAAUUCUCGCCCUGGGUGAUGACUACGAGCUUGCAGUUCAAACCUGUUGUGCAGUAGCUGACAUUGAUGUCUGCUUGGAAGGAAAGAUCGCUGCCCUUAAGGAAAAGGCCACAGAAAUGAGUCUAUGGCAUGAAUACUCCUGCGGAAUCCGGAAGACGUUUGGAGAGAGAACUUUCCAAGCACAGAAACUAGUUCUUCUUAGUCAAAGGUUUCCUAAGGCUCCAUUUGAAGAGGUUUACAGAGUUGCAAACAAACUCAAGGGUGUCUACGAAGAGUGCUGUGAUGGUAACAUGAUGCAGUGCAUGGAUAACAAAGCACAGGUUGUAGAAUAUGUGUGUUCCAAACAAAAUGUCUUUUCCAGCAAAAUCAAAAAGUGUUGUGAGACAGCGGCGAUAGACAAGGGCCAAUGUGUUGUUGAGGCAGGCCAUGAUGACAAACCUGAAGACUUGCCCCUGAUAGCUGGGAAGUACGUACAAGAUCCAGAUGUGUGCAACCACUUUGCGGCAGGUCACGAUAAAUUUCUGGCAGAGUUUCUCUAUGAAUAUUCAAGAAGGCACCAAGAAUUCUCUACUGAGAUGCUUCUGAGGAUUGCUAACGGAUAUGAAGAUGUCCUGAAAAAGUGCUGCAAAAAUGAAAACCCUUCUGAAUGUUAUGGAAAAGUGGAAGGGAAACUUCAAAGUCACAUCCAGGAGACUGAGGCUACUGUAAAGACAAACUGUGACCUUCUUAAAAAUGGAGGAGAAUUUGAAUUCCAAAAAGCGGUUCUUAUCCGCUACACCAAGAAAAUGCCUCAAGUAGCCACAGAAACAUUGCUUGAAAUCACAAAGAAGAUGGCAGCUGUUGGUGUCAAGUGCUGCCAGAAACCUGAAGAUAGUCGCCUACCUUGUGCUGAGAGAUAUCUUAGCAUUGUGAUUCAGGAUAUGUGCAAGAAACAGGAAGCAACACUGAUAAAUGACCAAGUUGCGUGCUGCUGUAAUGAAUCCUAUGCUAACAGGAGACCAUGCUUCACCAAGCUAGGAGUGGAUGAAAACUAUGUGCUCCCACCAUUCAACCCAGACAUGUUCAACUUUGAUAAGACAUUGUGCACUGCUUCUCCUCAAAUAUGGCAAGAAAACCAUCUUGGAAUGCUCAUCAACCUCAUUAAACACAAGCCCAAGAUGACAGAUGAAGAACUGCAGACAAUUGUCACAGGCUUUAGUGGUAUGGUGGAUAAGUGCUGCAAGGCAGCAGACCAUGAUACCUGCUUUGGCGAAGAGGGUGCAAACCUCAUUAUCAAAAGUAGAGCUACAUUAAAAUCAGAAUCUAAAGCAUAGCAGGUAGGUGCAUUGCUAUUUAUGGACUGUGCAUUUAACUCCUCGGAGGAAAUGGUCAUGUAGGGCUCCCUUCCUUUCUUCCAUCCUUCCCUCCCUCUGUGUUAUCUUAGUACCUGUAGUCUUUGUUCAUGAGCCAAGAUCCCAGGACAAUGCUGGGAAGCAUACAAGAAUAGGACAGAAGAACAGCACCUUCCUUAUAAGUGGUAUUUUUACCUUUCUGCUGUAACGAAACAAAUUACUGCUGUAUCAGCAAGAGCCCCAAAACUCUAACUUUGACUUGACAUUAUUUCCAUUCUGCUGAGAUGUAAGGGUUGGGUCCAGAUUCAUCUGUAGAAUUCUGACCAAACCUCACUGGGGCACGGGGAGGGUAAAUGCAACUUUGGGGAAGUGUUUAGGUUUUGCAAGGAGGCUUUCUUCAGGCUAUCCAUACAAUGUGUAGUCACAGAAUGGUUAUUUCUAGAUCCAUCUGCAAUGGCCCUAAUUGUAAUCUUCACCCUGCACCAUGGCUGGAGAAAAAGCCUGGGUGAGGUUCACCUGAACUGUAACUAACUGUAAUUAUAACUGAGUUGGGGAUCUCUGGUUUUAAAGUAGAACUAGAGCAAUGCCAGAAAAACUAUGUGGAUAUCCCUCCUAUAGAGCUGAAAUAGGAAGCUUGUGACUUAGCAUCCUGAAUAAUUUUAUAGUCUCAAUCCUGAAAAAGGUAAUCAUGCACCCUUUUGGGUAAACAGGUAAGGGGUAAAAUGGGGUAAAGUCAAGGUAAGCAUAAGCAAAAUGUCUUUUCAGACUAACAGCUUAUGUGCACAAUCCUGAGCUGUGUUCUUAAAAUUAGUGAAAUUAUGUGGAGAGACUUCAAACUCCUACAUAUGUUCACCACAAAUGGCUGACCUGCUACCACUUGGAGCAUUUUGAUGGACCUU